UCAUAAGGACAGCUUGGCACGCUGCCGCUGUGCUCUGCGCUCUCUGCGCCUACCCGCGAGUCAUCCUGUCAGUGAAGAGGGUUGCGCAUCGUUGCGCAGGUCGUUUUGAAGGUGGAUGGUGCGUCGGGCGUCCAGCUUCGAACGUAUGGCGGCAACUUGCUCCAGCCAUCCCAGCAUGCACCGCUGCCCCGUGUCUCCAGACUUCCCCCGUCUCCGACGGCAACACUGCAGCCAGCGACGCUGGCGCACCCUAUUUGUGUAGCAGCUCUACGAUUUUUACGCGAAUAGACUCGCGUAGGGUCGAUUCUCCCCGAGCCUCCCAUUGGCUGCUGCAGUGGCUGGCCUAUGGGCCGAAGGGGGAGAGAACGGCUUGCUUUUGGUUGGCCGUGAGUCGAGUAUCCCAAACAUUGCCAGGAACAGCUGUGUUGUCGAUUGAUUGUGGGAGAGUGAGCUGUGCCCUUGGCUCACGCAAUCAAAAUAUCGGGUUGUAGUGAAAACAGAUUGAACCACGGCGACUUCUUAGCAAGCCUGGCCUCGAACGGGGACCCCGAAGAAGGAGGACUUGCGCCUCCACCAAGGAAGAAGUCCAGAAUUGUGGAAGCCAACAUGCAGCAGCAGCAACCUGCCUCAAAUGGCUGUUCUGAACAUAAUGGCACUUCCUCUCCAGACGGGGAGGAAGUGCAAGCCAAGAUAAUGGACAGAACUAAUCAAGAUAUUGUGAGACUCAUUGGCCAACACCUCAAGACGGUUGGAUUAAAUCGCACCGCUGAACUACUAAUGCAAGAGUCUGGUUGCCGUCUUGAUCACCCUGCUGCAGCAAAGUUUCGACAACAUGUGAUGGAUGGAGACUGGGUUAAGGCUGACAACGACCUAAAUGAACUGAAGUCAUUGCUGGAGGGUACAUCUCAAAGCUUGGUGGAAAUGAAGUUCCUGUUGCUGGAACAAAAAUAUUUGGAAUAUUUGGAGGAUAGUCGUGCUUUUGAUGCUCUUCAUGUUCUGCGAAAUGAAUUAACACCACUUGGGCACAACACAACAAGAGUUCAUCAAUUGAGCAGCUAUAUGAUGUGCAGUGGUGGUGAGGAACUGCAGAAGAGAGCAGGUUGGGAAGGAAAAGGCAUUAAAUCACGCACUCAACUCAUGGAUAAAUUACAGUCCUUCCUUCCACCAUCCAUCAUGUUACCGCCACGAAGGUUAUACUCUCUGCUCGAUCAAGCAGUCACUCUUCAAAAACAAAAUUGUCCAUAUCAUAAUGCAAAAUGUGAAGGGUCUGCUGACUAUGUGUCUCUUCUCUCUGAUCACCAUUGUUCUAGUGAACAGUUUCCUUGUGAGACAACACAAGUCCUUAAUGAUCAUUGUGAUGAAGUGUGGUUCUGCCGCUUUUCUCCAGAUGGCCUUAAACUGGCUACAGGCUCCAAAGAUACAUCUGUCAUUAUCUGGGAUGUUGAUCCUGAAACUUUGACCUGCACACAUCGGAAAACUUUAGAAGGACACUCAUAUGGAGUUGCUUACCUCUCCUGGUCUCCAGAUAGCUCACAUCUAAUUGCUUGUGGUCCUGAGGAUUGUCCAGAACUCUGGAUAUGGAAUAUUGACUCUGAGGAACUAAGAGUAAAAGUUUCUCAUUCCCCUGAGGACUCCCUCACUUCUUGUUCCUGGCAUCGUGAUGGGAACAAAUUUGUGACUGGUGGCAUUCGUGGCCAGUUUUACCAAUGUGACUUGGAAGGGAACGUUUUGGAUUCAUGGGAAGGUGUUCGAGUCAACAGUCUGUGGUGUCGCAGUGAUGGGAAGACUGUUCUGGCAGCCGACACUCAUCAUCGUGUCCGAGCUUAUAAUUUUGAUGAUCUAACUGACUACAAUGUUUUGCAGGAGGAUCACCCAGUCAUGGCAUUUAGUGUCAAUUCAGCUGAUAAACUGGCACUUCUUAAUGUAGCAACUCAAGGAGUUCAUCUGUGGGAUUUGCAGGACAAAUGCCUUGUUCGAAAAUUCCAAGGUGUUACUCAGGGUCACUUUACUAUUCAUAGUUGCUUUGGUGGUGUAAACCAGAACUUUGUUGCUAGUGGAAGUGAAGAUAAUAGAGUAUAUGUCUGGCAUGUCAAAAGAGAAAAGCCUAUUGCUGUGCUUGCUGGUCACACUCGAACCGUCAACUGUGUGGCUUGGAAUCCUGUAUAUCAUUCAAUGCUGGCCUCUGUCUCAGAUGACUUCACCGUUAGAAUAUGGGGUCCAGCAGAGAAAUAUCGUAAUAAUUGUAAUUCUACUGGUAAUUUAAAUGGAAACAGUGGAGAGGGGUCCUCAAAUUCAAAUGGUAGUGCCUGGUACCACAUGGUUUCAUAGGGUCUGCUCAAGCGCUGCGCUAAGUGUCCAUUCAGAAUAACAGCGCUGCGCCUUCAAGCAUUUUUGUAUUUAUAUGGUGCAGUGCCAUGCCAAAUGUUGAUGUCUUGUCUUGUCUGGCUUUGUCCUUCACUUUUACAUAGUGCUGUGAUGUGUUAUGGCAUCUUCAAUAUGACAUUCGAAUGUUUGAGAAAAACUUCGAUAAGACAAGAGCAAUUUUUAAUUUUUGUAGAAAACAUUCUACAAAGUUCUUUAAAAUUUUAAGUCUGAAUCAGGAAUUUGUCCUGAAUGUGCAUAAUGUUAAUGUAACAUCCCUGUUUGCAAUAACUAUUCUGGUAAGUUUUUUGGUUGUGUGUGAGAGUAUGCUGUGGAAUCACAUAUUGCAUAAUGCCAUGCCUGAGUACAACCAGGGUGCCUUGCAAGCUGAGUACAUGUUUUCUAUCUACAGCUGCCUUAGUUCAUUUUUAUUUUUGGAACCUUUGCAAUUGACCUGGAAUCUUCCACUUACUCAUAACAAACAGAUUUUAUUUGGAAAAAAAUGAUUCUCUCCUAAGAACAAAUCAAAAUUUAUUCCAGUCUUAUGCCUUCUAAUUUUUCUUUUUGUUUCUCUUAAACCAGCAAUUAUUCCAAAAGAUUUUAAGUUUUAUUGUCAGUGUACUUAAGAGUAAGAAGUUUGAAAGUCCAUGGUCCAUGUAGCUUCCUUGGUUGUUUCCAGGCAUCAUUGCCUGCAACAAAUUUCAUAUGUAUGCUUUUUAAUUCUCAAAUGUCAGAUUGACUAAGGUUAAGAAUGUUCGAGCACUACACAAAAAUGUGAUAACCCAGUGGUGUAAUCAUUUAGAAUGCUUCCCCCCCCCCCCCCCCCCCCAAUAAAAGGUCGACAUCACAAAAAAUUUAUUAGCAAUAAUUUUGUAAGGUUUUCUUUGUAUCUGUUUAAAGAGUCCUAGCCAAGCAUUAGAAAUAAAUUGGAAAGCUGUAGUUUUUUCUCUAGUUAAUUUCUUCUCAGUUGAAAGUGGAGUAUUUACUGCCAUGGGGUACUAAUUAGUAUCGUUUGUCUUCCAAAUUGCUUGUAGGCUUUUCAAAAUCUACCAUUUUUCUUUUCUUUUUUGUAAAUUACUUUGUCAAUCUUAGAUGAAAGUCCCCUUUCUUGAGUUUAGUGUGUUGUUCCAUAAGUUUUUAUUCUGACAAUUUUUUUUCAGUCUAUUUUAUCUCUUACAUAUGAUGCUUCCAAUAUUUAUGUUCCUCUUAUCCUUUCAACAUGCCUGACUUAAUGAAGCUGGUACAGCUGUUUAACAAAGCAGAAUUCCGCUUCCAGAAACUUUUUUGCACGAAUUUGCUAUGUAGGACUCUUCACUUAUGUGAUCGUAAACAUAUUAGAUUUUUUGUUACAUUUUAUACAGUUAGAGUAUUGGUUUAUGUUGCCCGAUGACAAUUGACAGCAUUCGUAGGAGCUUUUUUAAUAAAUGAAAGUACCAUUUUUCUAGUAUUUGCAAAUUUUUACUUUUAAGGAUAUUUGUAUGUGAGGUAAGAGAAUAUGAAUAAUAAAGUGCUUUUUUAGGCCAUAACAUUUUUUAUCCCAUAUUUAAUUUAGUGAGCUAUAAUUAAUUACACCACUGGUAUUUAGUGCUGUACCUGUUACAUUAUGAGACCAAAUUAUAGUCUUAGCCAUAUGCUUACAUCUUUCACCUUAAUUCUGCUUUUUCAAUAUUCCAUCUUUAACUGGGCGCUUAAGUGAAAUAAUUGGACUUGUGGGAAAAGUAAUGGAAUACUUGAGUUAAUUGAUGGGGCUCAUGUGUUUUUGUAUUUGUUAAGUCGCACUGGCACCACCAAACUAUCUGUGAUGGCAUGUUGUGUCCAUAUACCUUAUGAUUUUCUGUUCAUCCUCUCCAUGACACCUGAGGAAAAAGGUCCCGUGUGAAUACACUGUUUUAGUUGUGAUGAAAUUUAUUAUGUGUCUCAGAUAUAGGAUGUCAGACAAAUUUUCUUCAUAUACCUGACCUGCAUGGUAUGUGGGCUGUAAGAGUUGUGAAUUGUCAAAGAUGUGGUCAAGUGAAAAUUUUAGCAGAGUUGAUUGAUUGAUUUCACUUCAAAUUUUGUUGUCUGAGGAAAUAUUUGUUCUUUUUUUGUAAAGAUUAUUUAUUAUGUUUUAUUAAUCUAGUUUUCUGUGACCAUAUAAGAUCAUGAGUCAAUGUUGUCACAACCAGAAUGUUUUCAAAGACGUCUUAUUUGCUACCUCUGUGGCGAAGUCGAACACUUACUAAUUACUGUUAGUCUGAAAGAUAAGGCAAAGCAAAGGUCUCAAAAUAUUUUUGAAUCCUUUAUGUCCACCAAAGCUUUUGUGUUGGAGUGAGAGACCUUCUCAGUUUUGUUUGUCCUUUUUUGUGUGCUGGAAAUCAGCUCAGCUGAUGGAAACCUCAGUCAGAGAUUCUUUUUUCCCUCCUUGUAUAAGAUUCAAGUUACUAUGCCAUUAGAUUUUGCAGCACGACCUUCUUGCAAUCACUCCAUGUAAAUCUGCUUACUUUUUAUAAAAUAAGAAACAGCAAAUGAGUUGUUUUUUACUUGUAAUAAAUUAGUAGUAAUGUGCACAUACCUAAUACUCAGCAUGAAAAUGUGGUUGUGUCAACUGGUCAUGCACACAUGAGAGUUCUUCUGUCCAUUGUUAACCCUUAUUGAUUUGUUGCUUAAAUUUUGGCUGAUUGCAAAUAGAGAAUGGUCAUUUUCUUGCAUCCAUUCUCCUUACACCAGCAAGUAUGGAUUUUAUGUGGCAAAGCAAGGAAUUGUUGGACAAAUGCUUUCCUGCAUCUACCCCUGUGGUGUAUGGAUUGCAAAUAAUGCUGUGCAAUCACAUCAUCUGCAAAAAUAAUACGCUCACAUCUGCUAUGGGGGCAAUACGGAACUCACUUUUAAUGAAGAUAUUUCUGAUGUAAUGUCUGAAAGAAGAAAAGAGAAGGUACACCAGUCUUCUUCAAGAUAUGAUUUUAAAACCCUAUUUUUGUAAGACAUUCAUCAUGUUGAAUUCCAUGACAAGCAGUUGAUGGCUUUACUUUCUUUCAUAAUGAAUAGUCGACUUUUGAAUCAAAUGUUGCUGUAAGAGGUGCAAGUUGUGAUACUAGAGAUUCAUUGAAGAUGUGUUCUGUGUUAUCAAUUGUUAAGUCUUCUUUAGAGACAUUUCGAAGACUGAUUCUUCGUCUAUUUGUGCAACAUGUUUGUGGAGUGAGUUUUUAUAACAGCUGGAGCAGCCUGCAGGGUUUAAUAGUAGCCCAUAGAGAAGGUUAUCAGUUUAUUGGUCAGCAAGAUCAAAUGUACAUAAUGCGUGAAUUUUGACACUUUCAGCCUCGUGGAAAUAAAUUGUAUGUGUGAAAGUGAUAGCUAUUUAGAUGUGAUCAUCUAACUUUAUAUAUAAAAAAUUAAUAAAGUUAAAUUACAAAAUA